GGGGGGGGGAGAAAGGGCGUGCAUCGGCGGUUCCCCGGUCCUUUGGGGGUCCCAGCCGCACCGCACAGCCGUGCCCUCUGCCGUUGAAGAGGUCCCGCGGAGGCCAAGCAGAGAGGUGCGCAGCUACGCGGAGUUGUGUCUGCGGCCGGCGGCUCACAAAGCGAUUAGAAUGACAGGCUGCGCUCCAGCCAUCCUGGCCGUGUGUGCCCUGCUGUCGCUGCAGCAACGCGUUGUCACGUCGCAAGACUACAGCACAGAUGGUGACAGCUCGGGCCUCGGCGUUGGCUCCGGGGGUGAGGAGCGCCCGUACCCCCCCGUGGACUGGCACCAGAGAGGGAGCCCAGACCCCAAUGCGGAGAGGGCACCUGCAGGCGGCCUGUGCAAAGACGUGCCGAUGGACCUCGUGUUCAUGCUGGACGGCUCGCGGAGCGUGCUGGCGCCCAACUUCGAGAAGGUGAAGGACUUCGUCGUGCAGCUCAUCGACGCGUUCGACGUGGGGCCCUCCGCCACGCACGUGUCCGUCGUCCAGUACAGCAGCCGGGUGGAGGUCGCCUUCCCGCUCGACGCCCACCAGACGAAGGAGGAGCUCAAGCAGGCGGUGCGCGCCAUCGUCUACGUGGGCGAGGGCACCGUCACGGGCGGGGCCCUUCGGCACCUGACGGAGAGCGCGUACGGCGAGGCCGGGGGCGCCCGCAUCGGCGCCCACCGCGUCGCCGUCGUGGUGACGGACGGGCGCUCGGCGGACAGCGUGCGGGAGGCCGCCGGCGCCGCGCACGCCGCCGGCGUCACCGUGUUCGCCGUGGGCGUCACGGACAGCGUGGACGACGCGGAGCUGCGGGCCAUUGCCUCGGAGCCGUCGGAGACCCACGUGCACCACGUAGACAACUUCGGUCUCCUGGACGAGCUGCAGCUGCGUCUGGCCAGGCAGAUAUGCGAGGGCAACGUGUGCGGGGGCACCGUCGGGCGGCAGAACGCGCCAGGCUUCGACCUGCUGGAGGAUUUCAACCACCUGACGUCGCUGCAGCUGCCCGUGGUGGACGGCACGAGGCCCGAGGUGCAGUCUCUGCGGUUGGGGCCCGACAGCGACCUCAAGCAGCCCGACGAGGUGAUUGACCCCCGACCAGAGGCGAACUUCCACCCCAAUGGCCUUCCCACGGACUUCUCCAUCAUCUCGACGUUCCGCAUGCUGGAGGAGACACGGGAGCAGGCGUGGGACCUGUGGGUGAUGCGCGACUCGGCGGGCAAGGAGCUCGCCGGGGUGCGCCUCUACGGGGAGGCCAACUUUGUCGAGUUCUUCUCGGCGGGCCCGGACGGAACCGUGAAUCGCGCCGCCUUCCAGGCCGGCUCCGAGAAGCUCUUCGACGGCCUGUGGCACAAGCUGGCGCUCAGCGUGGGCGAGGGUCAGGCGACGCUGCUGGUCGACUGCCAGCAGGUGUCGCGGGCCGAGCUGCGGCCGCGCAUGUCCGUGGGCGCGCAGGGCUCCACCACGGUGGCGCAGAGCAUCAAGGACGACUCCACGGUCAAGAUUGACAUCCAGCAGUUGCAGAUUUACUGUGAUGCGGAAAAGGCAGCGACUGAGACCUGCUGUGAGCUGCCCUCUGUGGAUGACGAUCGGUGUUCGUCGGUGCUCGGAGUGACGCUGUCGCCACCGGAAUCGCUCACACUGGGAUACGAGCCCGAGGACGAGGACAGCAGUGACGGUGACUGCGCUUGCUCCUACGGGGACUCGGGCCUUCCGGGAACGCCCGGCACUCAGGGAGAGAAAGGGUGGGCGGGUGAGACUGGCGACGUGGGAAGGGUCGGCAAGAUGGGCCUGCACGGGGCCCCAGGAAUCACAGGGCGAGGAGGAGAGGCAGGGCUCUUGGGCGUGCCGGGAGACAAAGGAGAGAAGGGCAGCCCUGGACAGUUGGGGCCUCGGGGAGAACUGGGACCUUACGGCAACACAGGGCCCCAGGGACACACCGGCGUCAAGGGCUUCAUGGGGUCCCCAGGCCAAGAUGGUUUGCCUGGUCGCAAAGGAGACAAGGGAGACAUUGGAUCAUCCGGAGAUUAUGGCAUUCCUGGAUUUUUAGGAGUAAAGGGCUUCAGGGGUAACAUCGGCAAGCAAGGACCGAGGGGCCCGUUUGGACCGCCGGGUGUGGUUGGAGAUGCAGGUAUACCGGGAGAACCAGGACCAAAAGGACAACCGGGUUUGCCAGGACCAAUUGGACCAAACGGAGUUAAAGGGAAAAAGAGCAUCAGGGGUGACCCAGGCAUUCCAGGAAUAGACGGAACUCAUGGAUUUGACGGUGAGCAGGGGGACAUGGGCCGCCCUGGCUCAACUGGACCUGCCGGUGCCAAGGGUGAAAAGGGCCAUGUGGGCAUUCCUGGGGCUCAGGGACCACAAGGAAAACUUGGAAUAAAUGGCGAACGAGGAGAGGCCGGACUCCCGGGACGCACUGGGGCCUACGGCUACCCUGGCAUACCCGGCGACAUUGGAGAGGCUGGAAAGCAAGGACCCAAGGGUGGCAUCGGCCCAGACGGACUUCCAGGACACGUUGGGACUAAGGGCGUCAAAGGCGUGAAGGGGAAGGAUGGGCAGGAAGGAAGCCAGGGAGACGUGGGUCCCAUGGGCCACCCCGGCCAUAGAGGAUUCCCCGGGGCUCAUGGGGGACAGGGCAAGGUGGGAAUCAAGGGGGGCAUUGGGGAGGCAGGCGUUCCCGGCUACAGCGGAUCACCGGGCCGUCAGGGCCUGCCGCUGGCAGGGGCGCACGUGAUAGAAGUCUGCAAGCGUCUGGUGCUGGAGCAGAUGUCGCUGUACAGCAACGCCAUGCGCAGGAAGUGCGGCAGCGCCUGCCCGAGCGGGGAGAGCGCCGUCCUGGGGCCACCUGGGCCUCAAGGCAUGCGGGGUCUACCAGGACCAGUGGGUUCUGUGGGUGCCCCAGGUCAGGAUGGAGAAGCCGGCUUGCUUGGCGACCACGGGGAGCCAGGGGACAAGGGAUCCAAGGGCCCUACAGGAGAGACUGGAGAUCAAGGUGAUUUUGGAGCCACUGGAGCAUCUCUGAUGGGACUCAAUGGACCUCCCGGGCCACCAGGUGUUCCUGGAGUGCUCGGCUUGAUUCGCGACGGGCAGCCCGGCCGCCCCGGACCUCGUGGACACAGGGGCCACGACGGGCAGCGUGGCUACGCCGGCCACAUGGGUUCGCCGGGCGUGUGCGACGCCAGCGACUGCAGCCAGCAGGUCUCCCGUAACGGGGUGCCCAACCGCACCGGGCGCAACAUCGCCGGCUAGGCAGAGCGUGGCCAGAACACCGAGUGGCAAAUGGACCCCGAGGGCAGACAGAUCCCGUUUGUUUCGGAGUGGCUCCUCCCUCGUAAGUCGCUACCACUCCAGCCGAGCACAGAUUUGAGCGGGUGAAACCUGCAGGUAUCAAGUGUGAAUUAUUGAAUACAUCUCCGUAGUGUGACCAUCUUGGCUUCCUCUUCAAGGAGGGAGGGGGGGGGACGGCUGAAUUGUAUCCAACCUGGCCUUGGCAAGUGUGCAGGGAUUAUAUGUAAUCAAUGAUUGCAUUCAGUGUUAUUUGUUUAUUUUUGUUUGUUACACAAGCUUACACGUGGCAUUGUUUGCCGAUGCAAAAUUAAGAUGUCGAUCCUAACAACCUGAAUGUGGAAGAACGGUGGAUAGUAGAGCAAUGUUAUACAAAUUCACAAUUAGUAGUGUGUAUGCGUGCGACUGUGUAGAUCGUGGCAUAUAUGCAGUCAAUCAAGAACAACAUCACUCACAGCCACUGUUGGACAUGGGUAGCAUAACGUCCAGAAUAGUUGAGAGCUUGCUGAUUGUGAUGUGAUGAAGUCUAAAGAAGAAAUGAUGAUUGACAGUCAACAUUCAAUCAAGCCCUCAUUAUUAUAUUGCAUGCUUUAUGCAUGGGCCACUGCUCUUUCAUGAUCAUAUUUCUGUACUUGUCACCAUAUUUCUAGAGGAAGAAAAAAACAUUCUCUCUUUUCUUCUAAAGUUUUUUCACCCCGACCGUCACAGUAAGUUCAAUGCACGCAUUAAUGUUUCGGUAGCAUCACGUGCAGUUAUACUCCAGCUGUAAAUAACACUUGAAACGAACAUAAAAUGUGUACAAUGUCGGUAAAUUAAAAAAAAAUAUGUUUAAUAAAGAUAUGUACACACAGUGCAA